UAUAACCACAGCAUUUGCCACAUUAAACUAGGAACGGUCAGCAACUUUUUUUGUCGUCAGGUUAGGAAACAGAAUGCAGAAUUGAGGAAGGUAUUUGGGGAGUUUCUACUCUCUGGCCUCUCCGGGGAUAGGAGAUAAGGGUACCGGGGGAGGAUCCUUUGACGCUUUUUUCUUUUUUAUAUGUGAGAGAAGUUUGGAAAAAGCUUAACACCCUGCACUAUGAGAACAACCAUAAUGUACCUCCUCAUUCUUGGACUAAUGGUGUCAUGUAGUUUCCAACAACAGCUAGUCUCCAACAAUCGCUGCGAUGUACCUCAGACUGUCCCUCACUUCACCCCCUGUACCUCCUGUGCUGCCUCUCCUGCGGUGCAGUGUCCCCGGGGACACAGGAAGACCACGACAGACUUUGGGGUGGCUAACUGCAGCUACGUAAUGGAUAUAGGUGGACAUGAUAUGGAGCUGUCUGGCUGUACACAUGAGUGUGUGAGGACUGUCACAGUGCACAGAUGCUGUCCAGGCUUCUGGGGCCAUCUGUGUUUACCAUGCCCCAUCUGGUCUGGUAAUCCUUGUAACUGGCAUGGCACUUGUAUGGAUGGAGUUACAGGCAACGGGACGUGUGUGUGCCAGGAAGGUUUUGCUGGGUCUGCUUGUCAGGAGUGCACCGAUAAGAAUGCAUAUGGAAAUGACUGUAAAAAACAGUGCAACUGUGUGCAUGGAGAAUGUAACAAUGGACCAGAGGGAAAUGGAGAAUGCUACUGUCAACCACCUUACUCAGGACUCAACUGUGAACAAGUAUCUGCCUCCUGUAGAAACUGUACUUCAUAUUCUUACUGUAAGGCUGUGGGAGACAAUGCCGUGUGUGAAUGUCUGCCUGGAUUCAAGAAGGUUGGACACAGUUGUGAAGGUGUAUGCUCUCCAAACAAAUGUCACCUGGAUGCAGAGUGCACCUAUUUGGGGGGCACAACAUUUCAGUGCAGGUGUAAAAUCGGUUUCGAAGGAGACGGACAAAGAUGUCUUCCCAUCGACCCGUGUUCCAAAGGCAAUGGAGGCUGUCCUGCCAACUCCACCAUCUGUGUCUACAAAGGCCCAGGCAAGUCCAGCUGCGUGUGUAUGAGUGGGAUGGAGGGGUCCCCUCCUUCUGCAGGCUGUACUCUAAAGUCAGCCUGCUCAGACCACACAUGUGACAGGACAGCCCGCUGUGUGACAGAACUGGAUGGACUCCCCAGAUGCAUUUGUGACACUGGGAAGGUUGGUGAUGGAAGGCGUUGUUAUGGCACCCUGCUGGACAGGGUGGUGGAGUUGAACAGUGAUGGAGCGCACAAGGGAAAGCUCACUGGGACCAUCAUGCUGUUUGAGAAAGGCUGUCCCUUGAUCCUCAGCCAACGUGGGCCUUUCACAGCAUUCAUUCCUCUUCUCACAAAUCCAUUAACUGGUGUUGAUGCAACAUUGAUUUGCAAAGCCCAUCUCAUCCACGGUCAACACAUUUACAAAGGCAUGAAAGGCUUCACCUUUCAAACAGCUGCUGGACUUUCUGUCAUGCUCAAAGCUAAUAAGAACUUCUUCCUAUUGGAAGAUCCAGACAGAAUGUAUACAGUCAUAGAAGAAGAUAUCCCAGCAGCCAAUGGGAUCAUCCACAUCAUUGACAAGCCGAUAUCCGUCUCUCCAAGGGAUGAGCAGCAUGCCGACAAGACAAUUGGGGACAUUCUGAGAAAGGAUGAAAGAUACAACAGAUUUCUUUCACUGGUUGAUAACUGUGGAGCCCCUUUGCCACUGAGAGGCCCAGGGCCUCUGACUGUGUUUGUCCCCACCAACCAAGCUAUCGACAAGUAUAGAGAUGGAAGGAUCAUGUACAUGCUGACAGAUGCCAAGGACAAGCUUCAAGAACUCCUUAAACACCACAUGUUUUCCAAGGCUUCACUCACAGUGGAGCAGCUGGCCUUCAUGCCUCAGAUUCAGACCAUGGCCAAUCAGGUCCUACAAAUCACUACCUCCAGUGAUGGAAAGAUCUUAUUGGGUGAUAAGGGCGCCCCUCUUGAGAAAACCAAUAUUAUUGCCUCUAACGGUAUCAUUCACAUGGUAGAUGAUUUGCUGGUACCAGCCUCCAUAGUCCCAAUCCUGCCUCACAGAUGUGAUGUCAAUGAGACCAGGAUCACUCUGGGCCAAUGUGUCCGCUGCAGUUACCUCUAUGAGACCCAGUGUCCAGACGGCAGCACCGAACUGUCACGCCAUAUGAACUGUGAUUACCAAACCUCUGAACGGAAUCCCUCAAUGAGCAAGGGCUGCGCCAAAUACUGCAGCACAACUCAAAUGAGGGCUGAAUGUUGCAAGGGCUUCUACGGCCCUGACUGUAAACCAUGCAUCGGGGGUUUCCAGACUCCAUGUUACGGCAAGGGGAAAUGUUUCGACAGUAUCCAUGGGAACGGCUCGUGUAGCUGUGAUCAAGGCUUCAUGGGUCUGGCAUGUCACAUCUGCUCAAAUCCUGCCAAGCAUGGUGAAAACUGUGACGAGGACUGUCGCUGUCUUCAUGGCGUGUGUGACAACAGACCCGGCAGUUUGGGCGUCUGCAGGUGGAGCACAUGUCAGGAAGGCUUCUCUGGGGACUACUGUGAUAAAACAGCCACGCCCUGCAACUCAGAUGGCCUGUCAGAGCACUGUCAUGUCCAUGCAUACUGCAGGGAAGAGGACAGCCUUACAACGUGUGUGUGCAUGCCAGGAUACAAAGGCGACGGACACUACUGCAUAGCUGUCAAUCCCUGUUUGCUGCCUGACCGAGGGGGCUGUGAUACAAACGCCCAUUGUGUCCAUGCAGGUCCAGGGAACGCAUCGUGUGUGUGUAACGAGGGCUGGACAGGGGAUGGGCUGCUCUGCAGUGAGGUGGACAGCUGUCUGAUGUCAAGUCAUGGUGGCUGUCAUCCAAAUGCAGACUGCAAGUCUAUCGGCCCAGGCCAGAAUGAAUGCAACUGUAAGACAGGAUACAUGGGAGAUGGGAUCAUUUGUGACUUAAUCAACCCUUGCCUGAAAACCAACGGAGACUGCCAUACCUUGGCUAAAUGUAAAUCUGGAGUAGAAGGAACUCACACCUGUACCUGUCCUGAUGGUUAUGGUGGAGAUGGACGCAUCUGCUAUGGAAAUAUCCUAGAGGAGGUGGAGAUGAACAGGGAAAUGUAUGCAUUCUACAGGUUAUUUGUGAGGAACGCCGACAUUGACCUAAGUGGCAACAUCACUGCAUUAAUACCUACCGACAAAGCAAUUGCAAAUGUAACCAGAGAGGUGAAAUCCUUUUGGUCUGAUCGUUAUAAGCUUCCUUACCUUGUAAGAGCACACAUACUAAAGGGUAUAUUUUCCAUUGAGGACUUAGACCAACAAGUCAACAUGAAACUGCCGACCCUAAAUUCAGGCACUGAAUGGGAGAUAAAAAACAUAAGUGGUCAAAUCUUGAUACAGAAUUCAAAGAUUGUGACCAGUAACCUCCCUGCAGUGAACGGAUACAUUCACAGGAUUGAUACGGUGCUCAUCCCCUCCUUGGCAGACAUACCUCCACCACCCCUUGAUCUGAUGGAGUAUCUCAACAACACCCCCACCCUCAGCCUUUUCAGACAGGCUGCAGUGCUCUACAAUUUGACUCAGAUUAUCAAAUCAACUGACUAUACUAUUCUAAUACCCCACGAUGAUGCCGUCAAACAGUAUCUCAGCAAAUCAAAUCAGACUCAACUGGAUGAAGAAGUAUUUAAAUACCACAUCAUUAUUAAUGACCGAGUGUUUCCAGACCAUGUGCAUGAUGGGAUGUUGAAAACCACUACACUUGGGAAGUCUUACCAAAUCAUGUUUCAUUUUAACAGUAAAAACCAGACGUUGGCCAAUGACGUUCCUCUAGAUGGAACUUUUAAUGAGACAAGAGAUGGUGUUGUCAUGGUAAUCCCCCAGGUUUUACAGGUUCACAAAAACCGAUGUGGUAAAGAAAUCAUCUUUAAAGGCAGGGGGAGGUGUACAAGCUGUGAUGCAAAACCCAGAUGUUACGCCUCAUAUAAGCCAAUGACGAGUAGUUUCCCCAAGAAUAUGAGAUCAAACUGCAAGUACAGGAAGAAAGUUGGCUCCAGAUACACAUCUGUCCAAGGGUGUGUGAUGGACUGCUUCAAGGUGUCCGAGGAUCAUUCAUGCUGCCCAGGGUACUUCGGGCAUGACUGUUUCAAAUGCCCAGGAGAGUUGGAGAACUGGUGCUCAAACAAUGGCAAGUGCCAGGAUGGCAACUUUGGCAGCGGAGAGUGCUUGUGCAACGAAGGGUUUCAUGGCACAGCCUGCGAGACCUGUGAGCCAGGCAGAUAUGGGAAAGACUGCAAGUCAGAGUGCAGUUGUGCCCAUGGGAAGUGUUUGGAUGGAUUGGAAGGCAACGGAAGAUGUUUGUGCUACAAGGGCUGGAAAGGAGUCAAUUGCUCUGUGGAAAUUGUGGCUGAUGCUUGUGGAGGUGCCUGUGAUGAGAACGCAAACUGCGUUUCUGAGGGUGCUGGAGCCCCUCCCUCCUGCACCUGCGUCGCCGGCUUUGAGGGAAAUGGAACCUUCUGCCAAAAGAGAAAUCUGUGUGCUACUGCCAAUGGAGGCUGCUCAAUAUUUGCCAAUUGCACUGAGACUGUACCAGGAGAGAGAACCUGUACUUGCAAAGAGGGAUACACAGGAGAUGGAGUCAUCUGCUUAGAGAUUGACCGCUGUCGAGUUGACAAUGGUGGCUGUAGCGAGAGGGCUGAGUGCAUCAAAACAGGCCCAAAUUUAGUGGCCUGUAACUGUUUGCAAGGCUAUUCAGGAAAUGGAAAAUAUUGCUUCCCAAUUAACCCUUGCAAAACUAACAAUGGAGGAUGUGGUAAAUAUGCCAGGUGUUUGUACAUGGGGCAAGGUGAGAGGAACUGCUCCUGCAUGGGAGGCCAUGUGGGAGAUGGCUUUGAUUGCCGAGGAAGCACCAGAACUGAAAUAUUUCGCCGCCCAGAAGCUGCCUGGUUCAGUUCUGCACUACCCGUAUAUGAUUCACGCAUCCUAUAUGGGGAUGGACCCUUCACAACGUUUGUGCCACUGAAUAACAGCAACAUUGAGAUGAGUCUCUGGGAAAGCCGUGGGCGAUCCUCAGACUUGCUGAGAUACCACAUCGUUUCCUGUGAGACUCUGAUGUUGGACAACCUAAAGACCACCAGCAAAACUAUGUCCAUAUCUGGUCACCAGCUCACCUUCAGUGUCAAGGAGGGCACGGUGUACAUUAAUGGAGACACACAAAUUGUCACCAGUGAUUUUACCACUACCGAUGGUGUGAUUCAUUAUAUUGACAAGGUCCUCACUCCGUAUGAAUUGAAAGAUAAACCAUCCCUAUCAGAAAAGAUUAAUUUUACUGAGUCGGCUAAAGUAUAUGGAUACACAAAGUUCAGCAAACUCAUUCAGGAUGCCAACCUAAUGAGCCUGUUACAGAACAAAAUCCACCAGCCCUUCACUAUGUUAUGGCCAUCUGAUGCUGCUCUAAGCGCCCUGUCAGAGGACAGGCAGCGCUGGCUGUACAGUGAGGACCACAGAGACCAGCUGGUCGCCUCCAUCAAGGCCCACAUCAUCCGCAACAGCAGGCUUAUGGGUGUGACUCAGCCAGGGUCACAUGCCUCCUACCGGACAAUGCAUGGGUCAAAAAUCUCAUUCAGCUGUGACAAAAAACUUGUGGGCAACGUGAUCAUUAAUGACAACAGUGCUAUAGUCAUUGACCGGUUCAUGCAGUUUGAUGUUGGUAUUGCUUAUGGUAUUGACCAGCUUUUGGAACCCCCUGGUUUGGGUGCUCACUGUGAUGGUCUUGAAAACAGGACUAUUUUUGGCCGUUGUGGCAGCUGUAUUCUUCCACGUAGGUGUCCGUAUGGGACUGUUGACCUGGGCAAGACCGAUAUCUGCUCACAGAACAUGUACCCCAUGUCAUUCCCCAGACACGCUCAUGUAUUUCAAGACUUUUACAUCCGUAAACAUUUUUUAAGUCGCAACAUCGGUUGUAAGAGGGUGUGUCAGACCACGUCAUGGACCCCACGUUGCUGCAAUAACCACUUUGGGAGAGACUGUCAAGUGUGCCCUGGUGGUUUAGAGGCCCCUUGUGGUAACAAUGGAAAUUGCAAUGAUGGCGUGUUGGGGAAGGGGACCUGCCAGUGCCAUGAUGGCUUCAGAGGCACAGCCUGCGAGUUGUGUGGCAACCAACACUACGGGCCUAACUGCACAGCGUGCAGAUGUGCUGAGCAUGGGCACUGUGAUGAUGGAAUGGCGGGUGAUGGGAGCUGUGCCUGUGAGGAAGGCUGGACGGGAGACACAUGUCAGAUGAAGAUGGAAAAGAAGCCUGUCUGCUCCCCUGAGUGCCAUCCCAAUGCUGUGUGCCUACCUGACAAUGCAUGUCAGUGUGAAUCCCAGUACAUUGGGGAUGGUAGAAACUGCACUGCUCCUGAUCUGUGUGGGGAGUACAAUGGAGGUUGCCACCAGCAUGCAAACUGUACACAGACAGGUGUCACUGUGAACUGCUCCUGCCAAGCCGGUUACUCUGGCGAUGGCUUUUCCUGCAGCCCCAUCAACAGAUGUGUGGAGGAGACCAAUGGAGGCUGCAGUGAUUUUGCAGAAUGCCAAUUCACAGGUCCUAAUGAGAGGAAAUGCGAGUGUCUCCCAGGUUACGUGGGGAACGGGAUCCAGUGCCUGGAAAAGCUGGUUCCUCCUGUUGACCGCUGUCUCUAUGACAAUGGAGGCUGUGAUCCCAAGGCAACUUGCAAGGACCUUCACUUUCACGGUAACACUGCUGGAGUGUUCCACCUGCGUUCACCUGCUGGAAAGUACAAGAUGAAUUACACAGAGGCAGGAGCAGCCUGCGAGGCAGAGCAGGCCACACUGGCUACCUUCUCACAGAUGUCUGAUGCUCAACAGCUUGGAAUGCACUUGUGUGUCGCUGGAUGGAUAGACGGGAAAAAGGUUGGGUAUCCAACCAGGUUUCCCUCUUUUAAAUGUGGUGACAACCAUGUUGGCAUUGUCCUGUACAAAGAGCCUAUAGACACCAGCAGCAAAUAUGACGCUUAUUGUUAUCGGAUGACAGAUGUCUCCUGUGUGUGCAGAAGUGAUUAUGUUGGAAAUGGAGAUUUUUGCAAUGGGGACCUGUCCAGUGUUAUAGCAACCAACUCAAAUUAUUCUUUAUUUUACAAAAUGUUACUGAUGUAUGCACAGUCAACAGAGGGACAGAAUUUAUUGAAUUUUAUGACAACCAGUUCAUCAUAUGCAACACUCUUUGUACCACACAAUUCUGGAUUUUCAGAAAAUGAGACGUUAUCAGGGAGAGACAUGGAGUACCAUAUUUCCACCAAUAACAGCAUCCACUUUUACGAUGACCUGAAGCAUCAAGGAGUUAUCCCCUCUCGUCUGGGGUAUAACAUCUCAGUGGUUGUAAAUACCACAAUCACCAAGGAUUCCCAAGCAGAGAAGCUUGUGAACAAGAGGCUAUUAUUAGCUUGGGAUAUCCCAGCAUCCAAUGGUAUAAUACAUAUAAUUGAAGGUCCACUACGAGCCCCACCUCUACCAGUGUAUCACAGUUUGAGCCAACCCCAUUCUGCUGCAUCUUCCAUUCUGGUUACUCUGCUGAUCAUCUGCAUCAUCACUGGAAUAGGGUACUAUGUCUUUAAACACAAGAAUGAUGCCUUCCGCUUCCACUACUUCAGGAAUGAAGAUGAGGGUGCUUCUUCCAGAGGAGGCAAACCAGCCCUGGUGUCCAUUCCUAACCCCCUGUAUAGUGGCUCCCAAGCAUUUGUAGAGCCCUUUGGUGACUCUGGACAAGAGGACGAAGCGUCUGGACCACCCCUAAUUCUUGAGUAGUGUUAGCAUGACCAUAUUUUGUCUAAGUAUGUUUGUGGAUGAUUUCCCGAACGAGAUUUAUGAGAGCAGUUUAAAUAUUCAUUAUUUAGCAGGGAAAUUCAUUACUUUAAAGCUUAGAUUUCACAGCUACUGACAUUCUAUUCUCCCCUCCUCCAACAUCCACGCAGAGCAAACCCAUCCCCCACACAGAGGAAGCUGCCUGUUGGCAGGAGAAUGGAACUAGCUCUUGGAACUAGCUCGACAACCAGACUAAUACAAUUAAAAGGCAAAUAAAGAUUCCUGACAGUACAUGCCAUUUUGAAAUUUCAGCAUAUAGGCAUCUUAAUGACUGACAAUUAAAUGUAAAAUAAAUAGAAUUGACAUACAUUUCUUGGAAUAAUUGCGAUAAUGUGUGAAGGACCAAUGCUUCUUCUGAUUUAUCUGUGACACACAGAAGCCAGUACUACUUUGUUUCCAAUCAAACAAGUGGGAAUUACAUUUUUCUAAAUGUUGAAAAUCCUUCUCAAGUAACCCCAAAGGAGAUGCAAGUUUAGGAAAAGCAUUUGUGUUAGUGAUUUACACUCCCUUUAUCGUCUACAGUCUGGGUUUCGACUAGUCCCUUUCAUAUACUAAUGUGAUUUGUAAGUUUCUGAAAAAGUGAUACUAUGACUGAACUUUUCCAAUCAAUUUAUUGAGGCAUCUCUUAAAAUGCUACAUAAAAUACAAUAUAGCUGCUGCACUUUACAAUAAGAAACCGUAAACAGUAUGAAUUGGACAUUAUCAGGAGAGUACCAUCAUGGAAUGCUGUUAGAGGGUAAAGAAAUCCAAAACCAUUGUGCAAAUUCCUGAUGUGAAUUAGGCCCAAACCAUCAAAACUCGUUUUUUUCCAAAAGACCUUGACAUCAACAUACUGUUGGCAAUACAGGAAGGCAAAAGAUACCUAGGUCUUGUUUUAAACUGUUACAUCAAAUAAUUUCGAAAAAUCUUCCAACAUUUUGGCAACAAAGGAUAGUAGAAAAGGAAAACUGUCAAAAGUUAGCACCAUCAGGAUCUUAGAUCGGGUUUGAAAGUCAGAAAAACGUCAUCUACUCUUUGGCACUCCAAAGUUCUCAACAAAGCACAUUUUGUUUGGAAUUUCUGACAAAUGUCAGCCAAAAAGAACUUCUGCUCUGAAAACUACAAAAAUGAAAUGAUUAAUAAGGAGCUAUUUGGCAAACAAAGUAUUAUAAGCCUUGCUAAAAAUCCUUCCUGAAAAUUGUAACUGAACAGGCUGCAAAAAGUGUUUAACCCUAACUUAAAAGAAACCAGUGUGGAAGCAAAAUGUUUGUCUGGUUUCUAAUGUGAUUAUAGUUUACUUUUAACAAAAUGUUUUUGUAUGUGGACAGCAUAACAGUCCUAUAAGUUUUGACCAGGCAGCAAAUAGACAUGGGCUAACUCAGAAAUGUCUUGCAACAUAGAAGCCAGGGUAAAUUGCAGCAGUCACCCCAGACAUCUUAUCUAUGAUCUACUUGGUAAGCCACAACAAGGGGUUGAAUCUUUAUAACAGGUGACAAAUCUACUUGCAAGAUCAUUUGUGCAUUCCUCCUCAUCUCCUCAACUGAUAAAGUAUUGUCCACCUUAAUGACUUUCCACCUGAGACUAUUCUCAUCCAGCCUGCAUUCAGAAUCCCGCCGUCUGUUCAUCAGCCACAUGGGCUCGGACAUGCACCGCUCUUUGGAACAGUUCAGCCCCCUUUGUGCUCCAUCAGCUCUCCAUCCCAGUUCAUUGCUCGUCAUGUCCAUGUCACA